AUGUCUGUUAGAGUUACCAACGCCUCCAAUGCUCAAGCUGAGUUGGCGCAGACAUGGCCUCAAAGGACGUUCCACCUGCAAAGUGCUUCGCCGGGGUUCCUUGCAGGCUGGUCCGCCUGGCAGUAUGUCCUGAUUUUUCUGCUAGGAGUGGUGGUUUAUGACCAAGUGAUGUACAUUAAGCGAAAGGGCCCAAUCGCCGGACCAACGUUCAAGAUUCCGCUCAUGGGUCCCUUCCUUCAAGCACUUCAUCCGAAAUUUGAGGCAUACAUUGAGCAAUGGGCGAGUGGACCUCUCAGCUGUGUAUCGGUCUUCCACAAAUUCGUUGUCCUGGCCUCCGACCGAGAUCUAGCUCAUAAAGUCUUCAAGUCACCCGCAUACUCUGAGCCAUGCAUCGUGCCCAUUGCAAAGGACCUCUUGGGCCAUAAAGCGUGGGUUUUUCUGCAAGGGAAAGCCCACGCGGAGUACCGGCGCGGAUUGACUCCUCUGUUCACCAACAAGGCCAUGGCCACCUAUCUGCCAGUGCAGGAGAGGGUCCUCGCGGACUACUUUGACAAAUUCGUUGCCGCAAGUGAGAGAAAUAAAGGACAACCGAUGGCGUUCAUGCCCUUGUUCCGCGAGAUCAACUGUGCACUUUCCUGCCGCACGUUCUUCGGUGAUUACAUCUCUCAGGAUGCAGUCAAGAAGAUUGCCGACGACUUCUAUCUCAUGACUGCCGCGAUGGAACUGGUUAACAUUCCGCUCUCGAUGUACAUCCCCUUCACUAAAACCUGGCUCGGGAAGCGGACGGCCGAUGCGGUCCAUGCCGAAUUUGCCAAAUGUGCAGCCGCAUGCAAGGCAAACAUGGCAAAGGGCGCUACACCGACUUGCAUUGUCGACUACUGGGUCCUGCACAUGAUGGAGUCGAAUCGGUACCGCAAGCAGAUUGCUGCAGGCCUGACCGACGUGGAGAAACCGACGAAUCUGAUCCGCGAAUUCACCAACGAGGAAAUCAGCGAGACGCUGUUCACCUUCCUCUUCGCUUCCCAGGACGCCUCGAGCAGCGCUACAACAUGGAUGUUCCAGAUCCUUGCCCAACGGCCCGACGUUCUCCAGCGAGUGCGCGAGGAGAAUCUGGCCGCAAGAGGAAACGACAGGAACAAGUCCUUCGAUCUGCCCAUGCUGGAGUCACUUACCUACACCAACGCAGUCAUCAAAGAGCUUCUCCGUCACCGACCUCCCGUCAUCUUCGUGCCGUACCUUGCGACAAAGGAUUUUCCCAUUACGUCAGACUACACCGUCCCAAAGGGUUCUAUGAUCGUCCCUUCCUGCUACCCAGCGCUGCACGACCCGGAUGCGUACCCCAACCCUGAGGUCUUCGACCCAGAUCGCUGGAUAUCCGGAGAUGCCGAGUCCAAGACGAAGAACUGGCUUGUGUUUGGCGCUGGGCCACAUGACUGCCUCGCAAGGAGAUAUGUGCCGCUAUCUAUGGCCGGAAUGAUUGGCAAGGCAGCGCUGGAGCUUGAUUGGGAGCAUCAUCCCACGCCCAAGUCAGAGGAAAUCAAGGUCUUUGCCACGUUGUUUCCCAUGGUAAGUAAUCCUAUCUUCUGCUUUGCCUAG